AUGAAUUAAAAAGAAACUUCUUCUGUCAAUACAUCUCACUAAUAAUAAUAAUCUCAUUAAAACAAAGAAGAGAGUAAAUUAAAAAGUCUAUUGUAGGGUAGCUAUGAUUACAUUCACAGGGAAACCGGAAAAAUGAUAUAAAAAAAACUAUAUAAGAAAGCAUUUCAACUUUUGGAUAAGUUUGCUAGUCAACGUAAAGAUUUGGAAUUGAGUGAGAUGGUCAUGUUGAAUCGUAGGAUUAUUAAUUGCAUAAAUAAAAUCUUAAAAAAAGGAUUGUUGAAACCUGACAUAGAACAAGAUAGACCUGAAGUUAUGAUCUUGAUUACUCAAAGAGGAACUCAAGCAAUAUUCAAUUUAUACAAAUACUUGAAUCUCUACUUAUAGAAAGUUAUGCCAAAUGAAAUGAAAGGAGUUGUUUUAGAAGAUGUAUCUCAUUUAACAAGUUCAGAUGAGGAAGCUUAAGAAAAAAUCAAGGAACAUGAAGUUACUGUUCUAUUCUACAAGAUUAACGAAUACGAAAAGCCUAAAAAAGAGAGAACCAAAAAGUAGGCAAAAGAAGUCAAUAUUUACGAUUAAGAGAUAUCAGAGUCCAGUCGUAUAGCAAAUAUGAUUGUCAAAACAUUAAAACCAUUGAAUAUUUAAUUUGAAUUGGAUUAAUACUUCUACAAUUUAAUUGAAUUGCUACUCAUCUCAAAUUUGGUGUUUAAAAAAGCUAAUAAGCCUAAAGUCGCAUAUUAUUAUUUGUUGGAAGCUCAGAGAAUAGCAAAAUAAAUGCUUGACACUCCAAAUCCAAAUCUAGUGAAUGCAUGUGCCAAAGCAAAGGUGUAUUUAGCAAAUUAUUAUUAUGAAAUAAGUGAAUAUGAAGAAUCAUUAAAAGUGGCUGAAGAAGCAAUAGUAAUUUUAUGUGGAGAAAUGAGAAUUAGAAUAAAUUAAGAGAAAUUUACAUAAAGAAAGUACAAAAACAGAGAAAGAAAAAGGAUGAAAAGAUGCGUUAUUACAACUUUAUCUGCCUUGGUUACUAUGAUGUGUAAUUACGAAGCUUAGAAUAAUUAUCAUAGGAUUGUAGAGUCAUUAACAACGGCUAGUUGGUUAGCUGAAAAAUAUAUCCAAGGGAUAGAUGAGUUCAAGAAACAUAUUAUAAAAUUGGCAAGUGAAGGGAAGCAUAGAGUUGAAUAAAAUCUCAAGGAUUUGGCUGAUUUGAGUUUCAUAGCCGAGUCAACACUUGAUUCAGAGUUAAAUAAAGUCAAGAAAAAGCAUAGAGAUUAAAAGGAAUAAUCAGAAUCUUAAUACCUUAAGAAAUUUAAUAACGAUAUGUAUCAUCUUUUUCAAAUUAAACCUUUAAAUAAAUAGUUAUAUUUGAAAACACAAGUCAAAUAAGAGCAGAAAAUAAAUAAAUAAUUUGAUUAGAAAGUUAUUGAGCAAUCAUAGCCCCAUGGAACAGACGCUUCAAUCAAUAUAUUCGAUAGUGAUUCAAAUAGCUAAGAUAGCUUUUUUGAUGGGAGUUUUUUUGCUCCUUCAAUAGACAAUUUAUAAUUUGAUAAUGACAUCUUUGAAAAGAAAAGAACGCAAUCAGUUGCUAAGAAACCUAUAACUAAUAACAGAAAACUAUUGAAACUAAAUAGAAAAUUGGGAAAAUCAGUUGGGUUGAUUAAAAUAGGCUUUGAAAGACCCUUAGAUCAUAAGUCUAAAAUUCUAACUACUAACUAAUAUUUCAAUGAAUUUUCGAAGCCAAAAAAGUAGGAAGAGAAGAGCUUAAGCAAUGUGGGGACAUAAUUAAAAAGACAAUUAGAAAAUAUAGAAUACAGAGAACAUCCAGAUAGGGAUGAGCAUCAUAAAUAAGAUUUGGAUGUUUAUGUUAAUAAGAUGGUUACUGGGAAGAUUGAAACGAAUGAGUUCCAGGAUUACAAUGACAUUCUAGGAUAACUAUUUAGUUUAAGAAAGAAGGAGGACUUUGAUAAGAAGGAGUUUAAUUUUGGUAGAAAAAUGCUCAAUUUGAAAGCGAAGGAGGAGAUCAUGUUUUAUUAGGUGUAAUUUAAUUCACCACCAGUAAAAGUGGAAAUAGAUACAAAGGUUAGGGAUUAAGCACAUAUUAUAGAUGGUAAAAUAACAGCAGAGAAAGAUUUAAAGGAAUUAAAAAGAAAGAAGAUUGAUAAAAUGGUAGCAGGCAAAAAGAUAGUAUAAACUAAUGUGAAUAUUGAUUUGAAGGAUGAGGAGGAGACUAUAUAUUUGAGAAAGGUAUUGGAGAAAAGUAAAAAGAAGAAACUAAAGGAUUUUAUUUAUAAACAUCGGGAAGCUUUGGGUUUAUCUAAGUUUUUUGCUAAUUUACAUAGAGAAUAAAAGGAAAAGGAAAGGAUAUAAAAAUUAAAGUCAGCUUUUGAGAAGGAAACUUUAGUGGAAGUUCAUGAGAAUCAGAAUGUAUAGUAAUAACAACAACAGUCUACUCGACAUAGAAAAAAUGUUAGAAUUCUGGUAUAAGAAAUUGAUAAAAAACCUCUAAAUCAUUAAACUUCUCUUUAGCCCUCUUAGGGUAGAAAUUCUCUACUUUUGUUAGAUGAUGUAAAGGCAUAAUCAACCCAAAAUCUACCACAAUAAAAAUCAAGUUCAAUGCCUAAAUCAAUUUUAAAGAAGGCUCCUGAAACUUAAAAAAGCUCAUAGGUGAGUCAAUCUGUUACGCAUCUGGAGGCUUAAGGGACAGAUUUGAUAUUGUAAUAGGAGAAACAACAAAAAGUCUAGAAAUAGAUAAGAGAUCAAGUUGAAAAGCAACAAAAGAAAUCUCAUCAAGUGAUUGGUAUGAUAAUAGAUGGAGUGGAAAGGAAAAUGGAUAUUGAGAAUAAGGAACUUAGUAAGAUGUUGUUCAAAUAGAAGGGAGGAUAGAAGUAAUAUAUAGAUGAUGAUGAGAAAACGUUUUUGAAAUUUACACCGAAAUUUUCAGAUAUGAGCAGAUCAACUUAUCUGAUGUAUAUCAAAAAAGAGUUGGCUGAGAAAUAAUUGUUCAGUUUAGAGGAUAGUUAACCUCCUAGAGUAGCGAUGACGAAAAAAAAUCAAUUGGCAGAUAUGGCUCAAAUGUUUAAAGAAUUAGGAUAACAUUUAUGA